AUGCUUCGCGAGCACUCGCUACGAGCUAACUACCAGGCCGCUGUAUGGAGACGACGUUUGGAAAGAUGCCCAGACAUACCAUCACCAGUAGGGUCUGGCUGGUGCACAGAAGAUGGGACGCUGGUUAUAGACUGGAUGGGUGAUCAGCUGGCUCCGCAAGCAGUCCUGGAAGUACUGUCUUGCCAGUGCAGUAGGUCCUGCAAACUUCCAUCUUGUUACUGUAUUGUCAAUGGCUUGAAAUGCACUGACAUGUGCCGCCUUCAAGAUUGCACAAACAAACCUGAAGAUAAAAAUGAUGCUGAAGAUAGCGAUUGGUAA